UCUGUAGGUUCCAGAACAGCACAGAGGAAUCCCCAGGAGCCUUGUCAUGUGGACCAGCUUGUGGCUGUGGCCCCUGGUGGCCAUCUGUGCAGCAGACUUGUUCCGGGACGAAGCAGUGAGGAUCCUGCAGGAGAAGCCAGUCAUUGAUGGGCACAAUGACCUGCCCUGGCAGCUGCUGAAACAAUUCAACAAUCGGUUGCUGGAUGCGAAGGCUAACCUGACUGUUCUGGCUGACACGCACACCAACAUCCCCAAGCUGAAGGCUGGCUUUGUGGGGGGCCAGUUCUGGUCUGCAUACGUGCCCUGCGACACCCAGAACAAAGACAGUGUCAAGAGGACCCUGGAGCAGAUGGACGUGGUCCACCGGAUGUGUCAGCUGUACCCCGAGACCUUCCUGUGCGUCACUGACAGUGCAGGCAUAGAGCAGGCUUUCCAAGAGAAGAAGGUGGCCAGUCUGAUUGGUGUGGAGGGUGGACACUCCAUCGACAGCAGCCUGGGCGUCCUGCGGGCACUCUACCAUCUGGGCAUGCGCUACCUCACACUCACCCACAGCUGCAACACACCCUGGGCUGACAACUGGCUGGUGGACCAAGGGGACGACCAGGCCCAGAGUCAAGGACUGUCAGCCUUUGGACAGCGUGUGGUGAAGGAGAUGAACCGCCUGGGUGUGAUGAUCGACUUGGCCCACGUGUCUGUGGCCACCAUGAAGGCCGCGCUGCGGCUGUCCACGGCCCCGGUCAUCUUCAGCCACUCCUCUGCCUUCAGCCUGUGUGCGCACAAACGCAACGUUCCGGACGAUGUGCUGGAGCUGGUGAAGCAAACAAACAGCUUGGUGAUGGUGAACUUCUACAAUGACUAUGUCUCCUGCUCGUCCGAGGCCAGCCUGUCCCAGGUGGCGGACCACCUGGACUACAUCAAGAACGUGGCAGGAGCGGCGGCUGUCGGCUUCGGUGGGGACUAUGACGGUGUCAGCAGGCUUCCUGUGGGGCUGGAGGACGUGUCCAAGUACCCAGACCUGAUCGCUGAACUGCUCAGGAGGAACUGGACAGAGGCAGAGGUCAAGGGUGCCCUGGCUGAUAACCUGCUGAGGGUCUUCCGGGCAGUGGAGCAGGUGAAAAACCUGGCACAGAUCCCGGAGGAGGAGCCCAUCGCCCUGGAGCAGCUGGGCGGCUCCUGUAGGACGCAGUAUGGCUACUCAGCAGCCCCCAGCCACCACGCGUCGAGGGCCCUGCUGGCUGCUCUCAGUCUGCCGCUGCUCAGCCUGUACCUUCUGUGA